AUGGGGGACUACGACGAUGCCCUGAUGCGCAAUCCAAAUGCCGCCGUUCAGGCCCGCACCAAGGUUCAGAACCGCGCCAAUGUUGUACAGCUUAAGCUGAUUGGUCAAAGUCAUCCAACGGGCCUAACAACGAAUCUUCUGAAGUUAUUCGAACCUCGGCCACCUCUAGAGUACAAACAACCUCUAGAAAAGAGGAAAUGCCCUCCAUAUACAGGUAUGGCUCAAUUUGUUAGUAAUUUUGCUAACCCUGGUGAUCCUGAUUAUUCGCCACCUGUGCAGAAGGGUGAAAAUCCGGCGCAAAGAAAAGCCAGAAUUCACAAAAUAAGGCUGGAGGAGGGGGCAAUAAAGGCUGCCGAGGAGCUUGAGAAAUAUGAUCCAAAUAAUGACCCAAAUAUUUCUGGAGAUCCGUACAAAACUUUGUUUGUAGCUAGACUUAACUACGAGACAACAGAGAUCAGAGUCAAACGGGAGUUUGAGGCUUAUGGCCCUAUAAAGCGGGUCACCUUGAUUACAGAUAAAGAGUCGAAUAAGCCUAGAGGCUAUGCCUUCAUUGAAUACAUGCAUACACGUGAUAUGAAAGCUGCAUAUAAACAAGCAGAUGGGAAGAAGAUUGAUAACUGGAGGGUGCUUGUGGACGUUGAACGUGGUAGAACUGUUCCUAAGUGGCGACCUCGCCGGCUUGGUGGUGGACUUGGAACAAGUCGUGUUGGAGCUGAAGAAGUUAACCAGAGAACUUCUAGCAGAGAGCAACUGCAGUCUGGUGGAACAUCUCGAUCAGAAGAACCAAGGGUACGAGAUGACCUAGUCAGGGAUAGGGAGAGGUCCCAUGAAAGGGGAAGAGAUGGGGAGAAGUCCCUUGAAAGGGAAAGAGAUAGGGAGAAGUCCCGUGAAAGGGGAAGAGACAGGGAGAAAUCCGGUGAAAGGGGAAUAGACGGGGAGAAAUCCCAUGGAAGGGGAAGAGAUCGGGAGAGACAGCGGGAAAGAUCUCAUGACAGACAAAGGGACCGUGAUAGAGAUGAUAGGCACCACAGAGAUCGGGACAGAAAUAGGGACAGGGACAGAGACCGUGGUCGUGACCGUGAUCACGGUAGAGAUCGAGGUCGUGAUCGCGACCGUCAUCAUGAGAGGGAGAGGAACAGAGACGAUUAUGAAGUUGGGAAUGACCAUGACCGUGGUAGUUCUCGGGAUAGAGACUAUGAUUAUGUUCAUGUUGAUUCAAAACAUUACCAAGACAAGGGCGAAAGAGACAGGAACUAUGAAAAGGAAGAAGCAGAGGACAACCGCAGGUGGCAUGAACAACCUGAGCUUGAGCGUCCAGAAACUAAACAUGAUCAUCGGCAUUAUGACUACUAUGAUAAUGCAGAUGGCCAGGGUGAUUAUGACCGCUACAAAGAAUCUGCUCAUGACCAUGACCGCUAUGAUCAAAUGGAGGAGGACGGUAAUGGUUAUGAUAGAGCCACAUCUGAGCCACGAGAAAGGGACCCUGAUAGCCGGCGUUAA